AUGGGUAAUUCGGAAAAUAAUUCGGAAAAUCCCAAGGGAGAUGAAUUGAAUGGGCUACCGCCAAUAUCUAUGUCAAGAAACCAAAAUCGCUCAGAAAGUAGUAUCAAUGUAGACACAUCUAUGCCCCAGCAAUCUCAAAAUACAGGAUCUCAAAAACAUUCUGGGGUAGCAAGACAACCGGAUGCUAAGCGAAAUGAACUACCAACAGACUCAAGGCCCGAACGAACACAAAGACCAGAAGAUUUAAAAAGAGCUCAAUACUUAUCAACAGCCUCCGAAAUAGCCGCAAUCGAUACAGAUGAUAAUGAGAAAAUCAAAAAGAAUCCACGAAAACCACCCACAUGUUGGCAGGCAUGGCGCGAGAAAGUUUCUUUGGUUCAAGUGAUUAUCUUUCUAUGCGCUAUUGUAGGGUUUUUAACCUUUGGGUUUAAUACAACAGUUUGUGGUAGACAACCUAAUCGAAUCCGUCCUACAGGUGUUGAAUAUAAUCAUAUUGUCAUUUCUGGAAGGGCUUUUGAUUUGAAAUCAUUUAGACAUCCUACCCCGGUUCCAGAUAUGCCAGGAAGCGGUGAUCUACAGGAACUAGGUGUUGGUGGCCGUGAUUUAUCUUUUUUAUUUCAAACUGUAAAUUACAAUUGCAAAGGCAUUUUAAACCCCAUACAGCCAGACGAUGACAAAGGCAAUGUAGCAAAUUAUUUUCCUUGUGUUUCCUUGGAUAGAUACAACCCAGAUGUUAGUAAUACAGAUAAUGCACAAAGGAACGGCUGUCAUAUCAGCACAAAAUCUCGUAUCGCCUUGCGUCGAUUGGAUGUCAUUGGUGAUAUAUAUUACAACUGGACUGAUAUUCAAAAACCUGGAACAAGUUUGGUAGCAUUCAAUGGAAACGUGCUUGAUUUGUCACGUCUAAGAUAUUUAACUCCAAACAUCCCAUUGCCAAUCCAGGUAGCACAAAUUGUUGGUCCUGGAAAUGCUUUUAUUGGAAGAGAUGCCACAUACUGGCUCAGUACUACGGCCGAUCGACUACAAAUUGGUAAAUGUUUGACGGACAUUCUCAAAGUCGGUGUGGUUGAUACUAGAUCAACCGGAUGUAUUAUUUCUGAUAUCGUUUUAUGGGUAUCAUUGGCCGUUAUUCUUGGGGUUGUUUUAAUUCGUUUCUUUUUGGCCCUUGUUUUUGGUUGGUUUGUAUCGUGGAAACUGGGAAGUAUCCGGGAAGAAUCUGACGAAGAUCGAAAGAAGCGACAAGAACAAGUACUUCAAUGGGAAAUGAACAAUGCAGAAGACAUGCAUUAUCCCAGGACACAAAGUAUCGCGUCAAUCCCGGAAGUUGCAUCUGUAUCAGCAAUCGAUAAUAGUGAACGUGAUUUUAUUCCGAAUCCUAAUCCACUGACAAGUGACGAAAUAUCCUCGGCUUCACAAUCUCUUUCAUCGUCUCAAUCACCGCAAGCUCAAAAAUCAAAAAAACGAUUUUUUCCUUCCACGUCUCGUUUUACGCAGCCUGGUUCACCAAAGUCAACACAUGGAUCACGCACUUUUGGAAGUUCCGAUAUCAAUACAGCUACUCCUGAUAUACCUUAUACCUUGAGCUCCCAGUUUUUUCAAAAUUUUGAAGAAGGAGGGGGUACUUUGUCUCAAGGGAUUUCGUCCGCCAAUAUCCAAGCUAAGAGCCAAUACAAUUUUAACUUUGAUCUUAUCCAUACUUUUAUGGUUGUUACAUGUUAUUCGGAAGGGGAAGAAGGUCUAAGAACAACUCUCGAUUCCUUGGCAAAUACGGAUUAUCCGUGUUCUCACAAAAUGCUAUUAGUAAUAUGCGACGGUAUUAUUACAGGAUCCGGUAAUGGUAGUUCAACACCAGAUAUUGUCUUGUCAAUGAUGAAAGGAAAUAUUGUAGCUAGAGAUCAGGUUCAACCUUCCUCUUACGUAGCUAUUGCUGAUGGUAUGAAGCGUCAUAAUAUGGCACAAGUACAUGCAGGUUAUUACAGUUAUAGUGCAGACACUCCCGAGGACCAACAACAACAAGUUCCAAUGAUUGUUAUUAUUAAAUGCGGCACUGAGGCUGAAUCAAAAGAUAAAAAGCCUGGUAAUCGUGGUAAAAGAGAUAGCCAAGUUAUCCUGAUGAAUACCAUGCAAAAAGUUUAUUACGGAGAACGAAUGUGCGAUCUAGAAUACCAGUUCUGCAAAGCUAUAGUCAAGUUGACCGGAAAUCAUCCUUCUCGUUUUGAAACGUGCUUAAUGGUUGAUGCUGAUACCAAAGUAUACCCAGACUCUUUGGCACGUAUGAUUGCAUGUAUGUCAAGAGAUCCUUACAUUAUGGGUCUAUGUGGAGAGACCAAGAUUGCAAAUAAGGCUGAUAGCUGGGUUACUGCUAUACAAGUUUUUGAAUAUUAUAUUUCCCAUCAUAUGAGUAAGGCAUUUGAGUCCAUCUUUGGCGGUGUUACUUGUCUUCCUGGAUGUUUUUGUAUGUAUCGUAUCAUCGCACCAAAGGGUGACCGCUAUGUCCCUAUAUUCUGUUCAUCCGACAUUGUAGAGAUGUAUUGUGAGAAUGUCGUUGAUACAUUGCAUAAAAAGAACUUGUUGCUUUUAGGUGAAGACAGAUACUUAACGACACUGAUGUUACGAACGUUUCCAAAACGAAAAAUGAUGUUUGUGCCACAAGCUGUAUGCAAAACCGUUGUACCUGAUACAUUUGAAGUCCUUUUAUCCCAAAGAAGAAGAUGGAUUAAUUCAACUGUACAUAACUUAUUAGAAUUAGUACUCAUUCGCGAUCUUUGUGGUACUUUCUGUUUCUCUAUGCAAUUUGUGGUAUUCAUGGAAUUAGUUGGCACUGUUGUUCUUCCUGCAGCUAUUUCAUUCACUGUCUACCUCAUUAUAAUUUCGUUUUUCGUGACACCGAUUCCAAUCAUUCCGCUACUUCUUUUAGCUGCAAUUUUGGGUUUACCUGCAAUACUGAUCGCACUGACGACUCGUAAAAUGGUAUAUAUUGGAUGGAUGUGUGUAUACUUAUUGUCACUACCAAUUUGGAAUUUUAUUUUACCCGCAUAUGCUUACUGGCAUUUUGAUGAUUUCUCUUGGGGCCAAACACGUAUGCUGGAAGGUGCUGUACCUGAGAAGAAAGAAGACCAUGGCCGACGUGAAGGAGAGUUUGAUAGCACUGGUAUAAUUAUGCGAAGAUUUGAAGAAUGGGCUCGACAGGAGAGAAAACUUAUGGCUGAGAAACGAAUGUCAUCUUCGACAGUCAUUAGGAGUUAUCCAAAAGUUUAUUAUGGGCAUUAA